AUGAGUGCCCACGUUGUGGUGAUCGACGCGACAGCCAGGCGGGCAACAAUCAAGACAACUCCCGCCAAACAUUUAACCGAUAUCCUGCAGGAGGCAUGUACGAAGCUUGGUUAUAAUGCUAGCCAAUAUUCAUUAAAACACAAUCGCAAGCAGUUAGACCUUUCUCUUUCCUACCGUCUGUCUGGACUCAUCUCCGGUGCAAAACUUGAACUUGUACAACUCUCUCGCUCCCCAUCAGUUGUAACCGUUGGCCUCCAACUGCCCGAAUCAGAGGCUCGUGGUGCCCCGAAUGGCCGCAUACUUGAUAAGUUCCCUAGCACGACUACACUCUGGAUGGUACUCCGGAAGUUCGAGGCGGGAGUUGCAGGGACUGGCCCAAUAAGGAAUCUCACUUCACGUGCAGUGCCCUCCACUGAGGGUGGAGAUGUUGCCGGACGACUGUACUAUGAGAUCCCCGUCCUUCAGAUUAUGGAACGUGAAGUAUCGAGUUUCACGGAUCUACAAAAGACCCUAGCCCAGCUGGGUUACAACAGUGGCAAUGUCCUUAUUCGACUCAGUUUCCGACGGACCGAGGAGCCUAUUGAAGAAGCUAUGGCCAAGAUUGGCGAGUUCUUCCAGUCCUCGGAGGAUGAGGCUCCUUCAGCACAGGAUAAGAGCGCAGCACUCACAGCAGCCACUGCUGACACCACAAGCAAGGGGCCUGCUUCAGAUAUCACCAGCUCAUUGCAGCCUGAGCCCUCUAACGUCACCGCGGCAUCGGAGGCAGUUGCCGCUCCGCUGCCUAUCCCCCAACCGGCCACUUCUACAGCCGACUCUGGUCGAACGGUUACUGUCUUCUCCCCUCCCUCGGGAGAUACUCCUUCGUCCGCAAAAUUAGACUACGAUGAGAGUGAUUACAUACCCUCUAUCGAGCACGCAAAGCUGCAUCAGCGAUUACUCAACGAGUCCUCUCGGCCAAAGCGGUUGCCAACGGAUGCCGAGAUCGCCGCCAAGACAGAGGCAGAAGCGGCAAAACGAGCAGCCAUUCAGGAGGUCGAUGUCAAGAUCCGUUUCCCAGAUCAGAGCCAAGUGAUCGCUAAAUUUGGGACCUCGGACACAGGACGGUCGUUGUAUGACUUCGCGCGUGAAUGCCUUGCUCUCCCGUUCGCCAGUGAAAACUUCAAUCUCACGGUACACGGUGUAUCCAGAUCCAAACAGACAACCGCCAUCCCUCCAUCAGAUAAGAAGCGUCUGAUUAAAGACCUAGGCUUGUCUGGCCGUGUGCUCGUCAACUUCUCUUGGGCUGAUCACGCCCCUGCAUUUGUUCAUGAACGCCGGACAGAGAUACUACGCCCUGAGCUUCGGAGCCAAGCUCAAGAACUCAAGGUGGAGCAACCGCCGGAGGUUAAGGAAGAAGAAUCCACUGGUCCGUCACAGCCGGGUCCGAGUAGCGCUCAAGGCGGCGAUAAGCCUAGCGGAGCACGGAAGAGCGGUGCUAUGCCUAAGUGGCUGAAGCUACCGGGUAAGAAAUGA